AUGCCGACCUUCGACGAGACCGCCACCGACGCACAGGUCGUAGCCGCCUUUGGCGACAAAGUCAAGGGCCGUAACUUUGUCAUCACCGGCACCGGUAUGCCUAGCCUCGGAGGCCAGGCUGCCAUCGCGAUGGCCAGCGGCAAGCCUGCCCAUAUCAUCAUCGCCUCGCGCACGCCCAGCAAGGCCGAGCCCGUUUUCGCCGCCACCGCCGCCGCCGACAGCUCCAUCAAGAUCACCUCCCUGAAGUGCGAGCUGACGGACCGCGACUCGGUGCGCGCUGCCGCCGCCGCCGAGAUUCUCGAGGCCGCCCCCAGCAUCGACGUGCUGAUCAACAACGCCGGUGUCAUGGCCGUUCUCGAUUACGAGCAGGACAGACACGGAGUCGAGUCGCAGCUGUCGGACAACUACCUCGGCCACUUCCUGCUGACGAACCUGCUCGUACCAGGCCUGCUGGCGGCCAAGGUCGGCGCCCGUGUCGUCAACAUGACCAGCCAGGGCUACCGCGUCACGCCCUUCCGCUUCGACGAUUGGAACUUCUCCGACGGCAUGACGUACGAUGAGUGGACCGGCUACGGUCAAGCAUGUACCGCACGCAUGCUAUUCGCCCAUGCCCUGACGAAGCGCCUCCGGUCCCGCGGCGUCACGUCCACCUCGGUGCAUCCCGGCGUCAUCAUGGGUACUAACUUAGGCGCUCAUCUCGAACCCGAGGUGUACAGCCGAGUCUACCAGCAAGGUACGGCAACCAUGCUCGUCGCCGCCCUGGACCCCGAGGUUGCCUCCCGGUCGCCCGCGUACCUGGCCAACAGCAAGAUCGAGAAGUCGUACGACUUUGCGUCUGACGCCAAGAGCGCCGAGAAGCUGUGGAAGUUGAGCGAGGAUAUCCUCGGGGAGAGGUUCGAAUACUGA